AUGUAUUCUGAGCUCGCUGAGUCCUCCGACGAAGACACUUUACCCAUGCGGGAAAUCCCCAUACUACAUGAGGUGGCUGAAACCAGCGACUGGGCUAGAACUCAAAUAGCGCUAGAAGCGGCUCUAGUCACCCUUGACCUGCAAAAUUCGAUUAUACACAAACUGCGUGAAAAAGUCUACACACUAGAUAACGAUUUAAGUCACCUGACAGCGUUAUUUAAAGAUAACUUCCCAGCAUGUGCUGCCGCAGGCCAGGCGAUCGCACUAUCGAAGCAACAGAUAUUCGAAACUGCAGCCAAACUAGAAUCAGCGGCCAAAUCUAAAAAGACAAAGGUAGAUCACUUCGUCAUAACAGUCUCAGAAGUGGAAGAACAAUUAAAACGAGUGAACUCCUACAGCUCCAUGGGUCCGGAUGAAAUCCAAUCCCGUAUACUGAAAGAAUCCGCGGACGUGUUGGCUGCCAAAUAUGCUCAUCUCUUUCAA